AUGCUGAGCGGACGCCUCACAUUCAAGACGCUGGGCCCCUUCGCCCACCCCAGCAGCUGCACCAACCCGUUGUAUCAAGCGCUCAUUCAAGCCCGGACCGCAAGCACCAACACCUCCUCCAUGCGAGUCCGCAGCACCCAGACCCUGAAGACCACCACAGCUCUGCGUCCCUCGACGACAACGCAGCUCCCAACCUCUCUGGUCCUCCGCCGUGCCAACUCCUCCUCCGCCGCCGCUGCGAAAAGCGAAGCCGUCCGUCUCGACUGGGACUCGUUCUUCAAGCUCCGCGCUAGCCGUCGCCGGUACUCGCUUGCCUCGUCGAUCGUGAGCUCCCUGUUCACCACGGUCAUUGGUGUGCAGGUUCUCUCGACGCAGGAUCUGGAGUCCCUUGGCGCGCAGGUCAUGGGUCUGGAUCCGUUUGUGGUGCUGGGUAUGGCGACGGCGGCGUGCGGUGCGGCGGGUUGGCUUAUUGGUCCGUUUGUAGGGAAUGCAGUCUGGGGGUUGGUUUAUCGGAGAUACAAGCCUUCUGUUAUGGUGAAAGAGAAGGAAUUCUUCGACCGUAUUAGACGCUUCCGUGUCGACCCGUCGUCUAACUCCAUUGCUAACCCUGUUCCGGAUUACUAUGGUGAGAAGAUCGGUAGUGUGCAGGGCUAUCGCCAGUGGUUGAAGGAUCAGCGGGCGUAUAACCGCAAGAGACGUCAUUUCAUUGUUUGA